UUGGCAAAAUGCCAUGAACUUCCGGUCUGAGAUAAAGACACACGCGGAUCUAUCGAGAAAAGAACGCGAAUAAUUAUAAAAAUAACUAGAAAAGAAAGACUUAUUUAAUAACUUUACACUGUCUGAUUAAUAAAAAUGUCCAAUAUCGGUGCUCCGGACUCUUGGGAAAAUCAAGCCGAUGUCAUAGGUGAACAAGGUGCAAAAGAUUCCAAUGAUGUGUCUACAAAAUUUUCCACGUUGAAUGUAAAUGCCGUGGAGUUCGUGCCUUCUUUUUGUAUGCCUUCUCAGGCAAACGAAACCUCCGAAUCCCCCUCAUCACCACAAAAAUCUGAAAGCGGUUCUACGAAUUCUGCUGAUAGUCCCGUCCUGAACGGUUGCGGGGAUGGCGGCGGCGACAGCGGCGACGGCGCGUCGGCCUCGCCGCGCGUGGAGGAGCCGCCGCCCGUGCCGCCGGCCGGCGCAGCCGCCGCGCCGCCCGUGCCGCCUGACGUCUCGCCCACCGUCGACAGCUGGGAGGCCGAGGCCGACGACGCGCUGCUCACACCCGAGGACAACAACGAACCCGAUGAGGAGGAGAUCGAGCAACAGGUUCAAACCACUGAAAAUGAUGAAUUAGGCGAGUUGGCAAAGAAAGUUCCCAAGAAAAAACCCCCCAGAGUGGAAGACACCCGGAGCAAGAAGGAACAUGUCAAUGUUGUGUUCAUCGGCCAUGUCGAUGCUGGUAAAUCGACAAUCGGCGGUCAAAUUAUGUCCUUAACGGGCAUGGUAGAUAAAAGAACUCUGGACAAAUACGAAAGAGAAGCGCGGGAGAAGUCCCGAGAGUCGUGGUAUCUUUCUUGGGCGCUUGACACCAACCAAGAAGAACGCGACAAGGGCAAAACCGUGGAGGUGGGGAGAGCAUACUUCGAGACUGAGAAGAAGCAUUUCACGAUCCUGGACGCGCCGGGGCACAAGAGCUUCGUGCCCAACAUGAUCGGUGGCGCGGCGCAGGCUGACCUAGCCGUGCUGGUUAUUUCAGCGCGUAAAGGUGAAUUUGAGACUGGUUUCGACAGAGGAGGGCAAACUCGUGAGCACGCUAUGUUGGCCAAGACUGCCGGAGUGAAGCAUUUAGUAGCUCUCGUUAACAAAAUGGAUGACCCCACUGUCAACUGGGAUGAGAAGAGAUACAAUGAAUGUCGAGACAAAAUCAUGCCUUACCUCAAAAAGCUCGGAUUCAACCCAGCUAAGGACCUCUCCUUCCUACCUGUGUCCGGCCAAACUGGACAAGGCUUAUUGGAAAGAGUAUCGGAGGAGAUCUGCCCUUGGUACCGCGGGCCGUCCUUCAUCCAGCUGAUCGACGAGCUGCCGUCGCUCAACCGUAAGAUGGACGGGCCCUUCAUCAUGCCCGUGGUGGACAAGUACAAGGACAUGGGCACCGUGCUCAUGGGCAAGGUGGAGGCGGGGACCACGAGAAAAGGCAGCAUCCUUUUCCUCAUGCCCAAUAGGGUGCAAGUGAAUGUUGAUCAGCUGUGGUCUGACGACAUUGAGGUUACAUCCAUUGGGCCUGGCGAGAACGUGAAAGUCAAGCUAAAAGGCAUCGAAGAAGAAGAUGUCUCGCCUGGUUUCGUGCUCUGCGACAUCGCGGAACCCAUUACUACUGGAAGAGUGUUUGAUGCUCAAGUUGUGAUUUUGGAGCAUAAGUCUAUCAUUUGUGCGGGAUACUCAGCUGUCAUGCACAUACAUUGCGCCGCCGAAGAGGUUACUGUAAAGGCACUAAUCUGUCUGGUGGAUAAGAAAACCGGAGAGAAGUCCAAGACGCGGCCGCGCUUCGUGAAGCAGGACCAAGUGGCCAUCAUGAGGAUAGAGUGCGCCGGCAUCAUCUGCUUAGAACCAUUCAAGAAGUUUGCUCAAAUGGGCAGGUUCACAUUAAGAGACGAGAAUAAAACUAUUGCUAUCGGUAAAGUCCUAAAAGUGAUUGAGUAAACUGGCACUAUGAUUUGUAAUUUAGCUAGGAUAGGCCUUUCCAAAACCUAUAUUAUCAGAGAAAGCAUGUAAAAUGUAAUCCUGAAUUUUGGGAUCUGUAUCAUGUGAGAGCUCGAGUGGUAUAUUGCUUCAGUAUGUUGUAAUGUUCACGUCUAACUUUUAUUUUCUUAAUAUUGAUAGAACAGCUAGUCCUCAGAAAAGAAUAUAUUUUAACAGCCACUGCCAUCAAGUGAAAAUUAGUAUCUCCACAUGACAGCACCAUGUUAUAUAUUCAACGUGCUAUUUUUAUUUUCACAUGGCUCUAAAGGUAUUGACGCUUUGUAAAUCGUUUGAUGCCUCCAAAAUAUGCCUAGCCGAUUGAAUUUUACUACUUUUAAAAUGUAAUUGUCUUAUUUUAUGAGACACCGCGUAGUAUUACGUAUUCGCGGAUAGUCAAAGAUAGCAUUAACGAAGCAUAACGUAGAGAUCGUUUUGCCCUCUGUAUCGUCAUGUGAACGUAAAUAAACAGAUACCUUUUAUUAUGAUGGUAACAAUAAGUUAUGGAAUUUAUCUUGAGACGGUGAUUAUUUAUUUUAUUUAGGCAAGCCGUGAAUUAAUACUCUUAAUAUACAAUAAUUAAUUUAACGAAAUUAUAUUCUGCUUAGUUUGAAUCAUAUUUGGUUAAUACUAAUUGACAUCGCUUCGGAUUGCCUUAUUUACCAUAAGAGGAGUCAAACUUCUGUAGUGAGCCGUGAGCGAAAUGUCAAACAAUGAAAUGCUUACCUAGGUAUCAAAUUCUCUUCAUAUACUGCUUUUCCCAAGUGAACCUACAACACUAUGAACUCGGUGAAACCAUUCAUAAAGUAAGGCUCCCUGGGAAGGAUCAUCGACUUAGUUCUAGUAAAAGGUAGCCGGCUAUAAGCAUUUCCUCUAUAAAUGUUCAAUUUGAAAUGGUGUUACUUUUUACUUUUCUAAGAAUUCGUGUCUGAUGAUCACCAUAACUUUUUGUUUAUUAGUUACGCUCACAUGUUCAUUUUAUACACAUAAUAUUUAUUCUAUUGUAGUGUAACGUAUCACUUUGAAAGUAAAUAAUUUGAAUUGGUUUGCUGUAGGACACGCACAUAAAUUUAUUCAGUUUCGCUUGUACCGGGGUGUCAGUUUUACUUUUUUAUAAGUCCAGACUUACUCAGCUUUGCCUGGAUCACAUGUUAAUUAUAAUAUAUAUCCGCAAUACUUUAUCAUAUUAUGGUAAUAGAUAAUAAUUUAUUGCUCUAAGUGACCAAUAUCCGGGCGGAGCCCUAUCGAGCCCUGCGCGGGGCCGCCGACUCGCCGCUCCUCCAGUACUUAUAAACGGUCGUGCAAACAGAGGUGGUUCGUUUUAUUUUCAAGAAAAUAUACAUGUGAAGGCUCAGCGCCCGAGUUGUUAAAGUAAUGUAUAUUAUGGAUUUAUAAAGUUUUCAGCUUUUUUAAUAUAAUCAGGUUAACGAUUAAUAUCUAGGGGCGUUUGUAUAUUAUUAUCAAUAUUUUGUGUAUAUCAGUGGACAAGACACUCGGCGCGCGCCGCUGCGGCGCCACGACGGCGGCGGCGCGCGCCGGCACCGAGCGACACUGGCAGGCUGCGACUAUAUUAUUUUGUUUAAAUAAAAUUUUAUUAAGAA